AUGCAAACACGUUCAAUAUUAGAUACAAGUUCAAAUAAUUUAUUUACAAAUAUUGAACGGUUAAGUACACGUGAUUUAUUAUCCUAUGGACAACUUUCAUAUGAUACUAUAUUAACAUCAAUCCAAAAACAAACAAUAAUUGAUAGUUCAUCAAUAAUAUCAUCAUCAGAUAAUAUUCUUAUUGAACUUGUUGAAGAAUUAUAUGCACGUACAAAACAAUCAUCAACAUUACCAUAUGAAGCUUUACUUUUAUUACGUCCUUUAUCAUUAUUACUUACACACAUUAGUUUUUUUUUUCGUGCUUUAAUUAAUGCACGUUAUUCAGCUAAAGUUAAUGAAUGGACUUUAUUAUCAAUGACAAAUAUUACACAAAGAAAAUCACUAUGUAUGGCUAUAUGGGAGUUAACUUGUCUUAUGUUUUUAUUGAUGUUAUUACGUUUCGGUGCUCGUUUUGAAGAAUCAGACAAUCGUUUAUUUCUUAUUGCUGAUCGAAAAUACUAUCUGCAGUUAACGAAGAUUGAACAUUGA